UGUGACAAAAAUUGUUUUCUUUAUAUCCAAACAUUUUACCAUUUUAUUAGAAAAGGACAUUCUAAGGGAAAGUACUAAAACAAAGUUAUUGCAAAUAUCACAAUAAAAAUUAUAUUACCGUCAUGUUUUUCCUAUAACUUUAUACAAAAAUGGAAUAUACCAACCUUAAUGGAUCACCAAGUUCUCCUUCAAAGCCUUUCUGUGAGGCCAGCGAUUAUGAUCUACAGUUUCCAACAUGGAGCUUAGAGUUUUUGAAAACAGCUGCAGUUGAACAAAGAUUGGUGCGACCAAGAAGUUUAGCCUGGGCAAUUCUUCUGAAUGCCAUUCCAUCACCAUGUGGAGAUAUUUUGAUGAGUAUUAGAGGUCAUAGGAAUUUCUACGAUGACUUGAAAAAUAAGCUUUCAAUGGACCCAAGGGCAGUUAUCGGUGAUGACCCACUUUCGCAGAAUGAUGAGAGUGCAUGGAAACAACAUUUCUGUGACAAUGAACUCAAAGCGUUGAUACUUCAAGAUGUAGUCAGAACUUUUCCCGACGAAGCAUACUUCCGUGAUAAAGAUGUACAAGAUAUGAUGGUACGUGUGCUGUUCUUCUGGGCACGUUCGCACCCCAGCCCCGGCUACCGGCAGGGCAUGCACGAAAUCCUCGCGCCCGCACUCUGUGAACUGCACUCUGACAGGCAACUCGCCCCGCCACACCUCAGUGACACAUUACGGUAUUAUCUACAAGAAGACUACUUGGAGCACGACAGUUAUAUGCUGUUCAGUGCAAUCAUGAAGGGGCUGGAGAAGUUCUACUCCACCGGUGACGUCAUCCCCAACAACUGCGGGCGUCUGCCCACGGCGAGGACCCUACACAGCCAAAACGAAGUGGUGCGGUACUUGGAGCGAUUGAGAGAGAACUACCUCGUACCGGCCGACUCGGAACUGGCGACGCAUCUCGCUGACUGCAACGUGUCCUUGGAGCUGUUUGGAAUCCGCUGGCUUCGCUUGUUGUUCGGGCGCGAGUUCCCGCGGUCGGAGAUACCGCACCUGUGGGGGUUCAUCUUCUCGGACGGGCCGAUGCUGCCCAACCUGCACUACGUCGUGCUGGCCAUGCUACUGCCGAUCAGAAACAUAUUGUUGGAGUCGGACGCGGGCACAGCGUUAUCGAUACUGAUGCGGCCGUCAUCGGUGUCGGUGGGUCACGUGUGCGCUCUGGCGUUGUACCUGCGCUGUCCGCACGAGUACCCGAAACCGCCUCCGCCGCAUAUAGUCAACAACGUCAGCCGGGACAGCGUCAUCGACGCGUCCAGCUCGGUGUGGAGCUACGAGCAGCAGGCGGAGGAGGAGGCCACGUCGUCGGGCUCGGAGGGCGUGGCGGAGGGCGGCGACGUGGCCCGCUCGCUCGCGGCCCUGGCCCUGCUGCGCGCGCGCCUGCCGCCCGCCGUGGCCGCGCUGCAGGCCGCGCUGCCCCGCCCGCCGCCGCAAGCCCUGGCCCCGCUGCACCAGAUACUGCAGUUGGCGGCCCUGCUCCAAUGCCGCAACCACGCGUUGAUAGACGUCGAGACAGCCCUGGAGGCAGCCGAGAACCAGUCCAGCUACACCGUCGGCCGGCGACAACUGGUGCCCGUGGUCGUGCUCCCGGCCAAGCUCAAACAAACGCCGCCGCUUAAGCCGGCUAAGCAAGUGAGGAAAGUGAAGGAAGUGCCGCUCAAAGUGUUCCACCAGGUGGAGUGUGAUAGCUCAAGUGACUUGCCAUUCCUGGACCCCCUGCGGCUACGGACAGAAUGACUACGCCGGAAAAUUAUGCUUUAUAGCUAUUACCAUUAAGUGUAAAUUCGGGUGCACAGCUACUGUGGACUGUUUAUGUAUCACACAGUAAGGAUCGAGGACCUUGUUGGUCUAGUGGUUAGCAUGUUUAACUAUGUAUGACGCGGUCCUGGGUUCAAAUCCCGGAUCGGGCCAAAAAUCGUUAGGUACUAUGUUUUUUUUUGGUCUGUUACAGUACCAGCACCGAGUUAGGAAAUUGACGGUGUUAAAUCCCGUGCCUCGGAGAGCACAUUGAGCCGCCGGUCCCGGUUAUUUUCGCUAACUUGUGGUAAUAGUCGAUAGACCCCACCAACCCGCAUUGGAGCAGCAUGGUGGGUUUAUGCUCUAAAACCGGCUUACCUAUGAAAGGGGAGGCCUGUGCUCGGCAGUGGGCAACGUUAAUAGGCUGCGGAUGAUGAAAGAUUGGCAUACAGCCGUCAGAACAAACUGUUGCCGUGGACAGAGCAAUCGUGCGUUAGAGAAGAGGACCCAAGCUAACCGUCACUAAGGUCCUUCCUGCAGGUCUAUUUUGUAUCUCGGUGGAUAUUAAAUUACGUUACGAACUGUGUAAAUUUAACAACUGUCAGACACUCACUUGCAUUCUAUAACUUCAGUUGCCAACCCUAGACUUCAGAUGCCACUGAUGCUGUAUCUCGCUUGGCAAUUUUAGUAACUCUCUGUUUUUUUGUAAAAUAGUUUAAUAUCCACCGAAAUACAUAAUAGGCAUGGUGCCGCAACGCGCAUUUGAAGAUGUCGGCAUUUAUCACGAGAUCCAAGUCUUCUAUGAAAUUAUGUAAUAAUAUUCAUUGUUAUUUGAAUGCAAUUGCAUUUCAUUUUGGUAAUAUAUGGCUAACCCAAAUAUACUGCCAUAAAAUAUUAUCAUCGGUAUAGUAUACUAAUUGUACAAAUAAGUUUUAUUGUAUAUAAAUGAGCUAAAGAGAUGAAUUUUAAUUAUAUCACCUUUGUCUAUGCUUCCAUAACAUAAAAGAUACGUUAUUAGAAUUGUCGAACACAAAUGCCACGUUGGUUGCCAGGUUGUUCAACUACAGAUUACAUUUUCGGUCUCAUUCCUGGAGCUGAAUAGUAAGACCUAUUUUUGCCUGUUCCGGGAAUUCCUACGUCAAAAAGUUUUCAGUAUCAGCUCGAUGAACAUCGGGAUGUGGACAAUAUUUUCAUUCGCCUUGACAAUAAGUGGGGUAUUGGCAGUGGCGUGCACUGGGUUUCUUACCAGGGUAAGCGUGUAGCAGUAAAAUUGCAUAAAAUGGCAAAAUUC